UGUUCCGACAUUGCAGCCGAGAGUGCAGGCGAAUGCUGAUCAACAAAGACCUUGCAUCAUAAAUAACCACUCAUUAAUAUUUGUAGAUCAGUCAGUCAGUCAUAAUUUACCCAUGAUACAAUACGGUUUUGAUCCUCUCGAAGACGGCCAUUAAGUGUGUGUGUGAGCGGAGCAGAGAGGCAGUAACGAGGCAGACACUGUCGUGAUCACUCUCGUCUUCAGACGGUAACAGCAACCGAAGGAAGGAGAAUCGUUCUAGCGGCCAGUGUACCUGCUGAUAACCAGCCUCCUCGCGGACAUACCGAACCACACGCUACCUCCACGACCAGACGGCUAACCAUGGACCAGAGUUUUUUAUCUCGUUCCCUCUGGACCAGUGAGGGUAAAUUCCUCCAGCACCACGCGACAGACCUCUAUACCAGCGUGCACGUCACUCGCAACAUCCCAGCUGGGGCACAGUUCGGCCCGUGCAUCCUUCAGAAUACUUUCUAUGACACCGUCGCCUUCAUUGCGCUCAAAUCCCGCGACAAGAGAAGUAAAUCAUACGUGUUCAGAGUGGACCCCGAGGCUAUGCGGAGCUCUGCUCUAGUGCUGUCCUGGCUGCGGCUGGUGCAGGCGGCGUGUGGCAGGGAGGAACAGAACACCGAAGCGUUCCUGAAGGGAGGCCAACUGUAUUUCCGGACCACCAGGGACAUACUUCAGGAAGAGGAACUGUUGGUGUGGUAUGACCAGGAAUUGUCACAUCUACUGGGCUUCACUGACUUCUCAGCCAGAGGACAAAAUGAAGAGCUUAAAUGCGCAACAUGUAACCAGGUCUUCAAGAAUGAGCAUCCCUAUUUGGCCCACUGCCGCUUCCUGUGCGCGCAGGUGAAGUAUGACGCGCUGAGCAGAGAGGCCUACGAACACAAACACAUGGAGAUCAAGCGGCAACGACGCGUCACAGACUUCCACAACAUCGCUCGGGAUCUGGAACAUAAAAGAUACGGCGCCAGUGAAGACGCUGAGAUUUCCCCGCGGAAAUGGAAACACGAGGAGACGGGUUAUCCCCGAUGGAGGAAACCUGUGCUACUUGAGAAAACCAACAUAUCGAACAACAACAACAUCACACAGAUAACCAGAGACUACCACCCCACUGCGCCAGAGUCAACUGGCUCUGCAUUGAAACUGAAGGCGGAGAAGUACCAGCUCAAAAAGGACCACGUGGAAUGUAAAAAUAGUGCGUUUACAGAGGUUGGAGCAGCGAAAAUUAGUUUUACGCAUGAGAAAGAAAAGCCAACGGAGGCUGAUUCUGAGACAGUGCGGGAGAUGAGCGCUGAUUUAAACUCAAACAGCAACAGCAGUGCUUUUUCAUUCGUUCUGCGCAGUGGAGCGGAGGAGCAGAAAAGCGCUUUCUGUAAACCCUAUAAAAGGACUUCUAACGGCUCUACAGCGCACCCAUCCAACACAUUACCUGCUCAAUUGAACCGCCUAGAGGAUAUGAGAGACGUUUUUACCUCAAAGACGGUUCUGGGAUACAACAAUCUAUUGGCUACUAAUAUGUUGAAUGGUGAUUUACCUCGCGCACAGACACUACCUACACCGGUUAAUGGAAACGCUUUCCCGUACGCGCCAGAGCACUGGUCCAGGAGUAUUGGAGACCAACUACAAACCACGCCGUCUUUAACAAUUCUUCCACCAACGUUUACCUCCAUUGGGGUGUCAGUGCAAAACUGGUGCGCCAAGUGUAACCUCUCCUUCCGCAUGACGUCUGACCUAGUGUUACACAUGCGCUCGCACCACAAGAAGGAGUUCGCGGCGGAGUCCCAGGUGAGGAGGAGGCGAGAGGAGAAACUUACCUGCCCUAUCUGCCACGAGUUCUUCCGGGAACGGCACCACCUUUCACGUCACAUGACAUCGCACAAUUAAAACCAUUUUGCAUAAGAAAAGACAUUAGAAAAUGUAUAUUUAAAGAAAACGACAUCGGACAUACUGUCUGUAAUUACAAGAGUAGAACAGAGUAAUUUAGAGUAAUUAAGUAAUUAAGUAAUUAAUCAUUACGCAUUAGGGCGUAUUUGGGCACGUAGGUUCUCAUUCAGGAUUGCACAGAGUGUCCACUAGAUGUCCACAGAAUACGAAAUUGAAUACACAACAUAUUCAUUUAGAUUAUCUGCACAGUAGGUGAUAGGAAUAUUGUGUGUAAUUGGGAUUAUAAGGUUAUAUCUGCAUAUUUGUAAAAAUUUAGUUAUUGACAUUCUUGUUUUACUCAGUGUUCUAUAUAGUACUCUAAAUACCCCAAUUAAUGUUGUUAAGUUAAAAACAGUACACAAUCAAAAUUACUGACACCAUUCAAACCAAUGAGGGUUCAGAACUUUAAAGACAAUUAUCUCAGAAUCAUAUUUUUUGCAGAUAUAACCUUAAAGUCCAAGCUCUCGGUAUGUCUGAUCCGUGCCUUAUGAAACUCAGGGUGGGACUCAAGAGAGAGACUGAAGGUGGCUUGCAGCUCUUGCUUUUGACCUCUGAUUGUUAUAAACAUGUUUUCAAUGUCUAUUACUCAUUGUCUGACGAGACCUACAGUAUUACCAGAGCUUGUACGGAGAUAGAUGUGUAGAUUCAUUUAGCUUUUUUUGAUGUAAAAAAACAACAACAACAUCAGAUCCAAACUCCACUUGCCCUGUGUUUUCUUUACACUUCCAUAAAGACAUUUUGUGUGAAACAUAUGGACAUUGUAUUACUUGACCCACUAUAUUCCCUGGCUUCACCCAUACGUGACACAAGACAUACAACCUGAACUAUUUGUCCCAUUUCAUUUUGGC